AUGUCUGUCCCAACCUUAUCGAAUAAGCCAGAAAACAUCGACCUGCUUGUAUUGCCGCCCGGAGAAAAAAAAGUCAGUUGCGAAAUAUCGGAGAAAGGAGACUGCAAUAUAUUUACCAUAAAACUGGAGGACCACACCAUAGGAAAUUUGAUAAAGCAGGCACUUUGCCAAGACCCCCAGGUCACGUUCGCAGCAUAUAGACAACCGCAUCCUCUGCAAAACACGAUCGAAAUAACCAUCAAGCCGAAGGGCUAUGCGGGGGUUAAGUUGCUUUCAGAUAAUGUGAACAGUUUGCUGUCCGAUGUGUCCCAGCUGAGGGAAACGUUUAAGGUAAUCAAGAUAAACGGAAGGAAAAAAAAGAAGGUCAAAAAGGUCCAACGGUACAAGGACAAGAGUGUGUAUUACGCAGACGAGUGA